AUGUUAGCAUUUGCUCUAACUCUGAUUGUUUCCCUUGACGUCUCUGGUGCGGGGUCCCUUGCUGCCGCAGUUCUACAACACCUGACAAAGGAAGAUUUGAGCAAAAUGUACUUUAGCGACUUUCGGAUCUUGGAUAUCAAUGGGGUGCCUUGCUUUUUUACACCGGCAGGGUAUAUAUGUUGCUUUCUGGACAUUGUAUCUGUAAUUGAUCAUUUUGAUCUUGCCAAAGCUAUACUGGAGAAAUCUGAAGGCAAAGUACGGUUGAUAGGAUUGGGUGCACGAGAUAGUCUUCGACUGGAAGCUGGGUUGUGCUUGUAUGGAAAUGACAUGGAACAGCACAUCACACCAGUCGAGGCAGGACUUACGUGGGCCAUAGGUCCACCUCCCAGAAGUCAUAGUGAAAUUCAAGAUGAGAAGGGACAAAACAUAGGGGAAGUAACCAGUGGAGGAUUUAGCCCCUGUCUGAAGAAAAACAUAGCCAUGGGAUAUGUGAAAUCUGGACUCCACAAGGCAGGCACCAAUGUAAAGAUUUUCAUUAGGGGUAAGUCCUAUGAUGGAUCUGUUACAAAAUGGCCUUUUUUACCCACAAAGAUUCUUCAAGUUGAUGGAGGAGUCCAUAGAAUCAAACUUGACGGAAAAAAUACGGAGAGAAGAGAGAACGGGGAAUUGUUUGAGAUGAAGGUGGGAUUACAGUUGAGAAGGAGCCUGCAGCAGCUUAGAGAACUCGCAACCUCUUCUUCCGGCAAAGGGAAGGAGGAGAAGGAGGAGUUUGCAAGCGAACUUUUCUAA